AUGUCGCAGCAGAUCUCAGUGUCAGCAUUUCUCAUUUCCCGCAUCAAAGAGCUUGGAGUUCAGCAUGUCUUUGGCAUCCCAGGAGACUAUGUGUUGCCUUUUUUCGACGAGUUGAUCAAGGAAGGAAGCCCAGUGAAGCAAAUCGGCACUUGCAACGAGCUGAAUGCGGCCUACCUCGCAGAUGGGUACAGCCGCGUGAAAGGCUUCGGAGUUGCAGCUGUGACUUACGGACCCGGUGCUUUCAAUGCAGUCAACGCCGUGGCAGGGGCCUUUGAUGCUCACGUCCCUCUGCUGUUGGUGUCGGGGGCGCCGCAGACGGCGAGAUAUCGAGAGGGUAAGAAGCUACUUCUGCAUCAUGCAGUCGGAAGUGAUUUGAAUGCUACUAUCCGUGUGUUCACACCAAUCACUGCUGCCGCGGCGCGUAUUGAAACAGCAGAGGAGGCCAUUCCCACCAUUGAUUGGCUGCUACGGGUUGCCCUUGAUCAGAAAAGGCCAGUCUACCUGGAGAUCCCUUUCGACAUGCAGAGGGCAGAAGUCCAAGUGCCAGGCCGCUUGAACUACCAACCACCGAGCAGCGACGAGCAAGCCCUUCGUAAGGUGGUGGAGCGGGUGGCCCAUGCUGUGAACAGUGCAGGAAAGGUGGGGGUGUUGGUUGGGGUGUUCGUCGACCGGGAUGGCCUUCAACAAGUCGUGGAGGAUAUGCUGACCACCAGCAGGCUUCCGUUUGCUACGACAUUUGACCAGAAGGCUGGCUACCUAGAGUACCUGCCGAACUGUGUAGGCUUUUACCAAGGAGGCGUCACUCCGCAGCCGGUGCUGGAUGCCACGGAAGGUGCCGACAUUCUCUUGACUCUCGGUAUGCCACGGACCGAGUUCAACCUGGGCUUUCUUACGCAUGACUUCAAGGAGGACCGUAUGAUUGAACUUGGCCAUGAUACGGCUAAUGUGAUGGGGGAGGAGGUACAUGGUGUCUACUUGCGCCACCUCGUGCCACUGUUGGCCCAGAGAAUCAGCCCUCGUGCAGAAGAAGUGUUCGAGGACACUUUUCCUUUCACCUACACCAAGCAGAGAGAGGUUCCGGAGAACCGGCCGGAGCUCUGCACACUGCUGCGGCACAACCUGAACUUCCUCCUGAUCAUUUUGAACAAUGCGGGUUACACGGCAGAGCGUGCCAUCCAUCCUGACCGGGACGACUCUUACAAUGACAUCCAUGUGUGGAACUACCACUUGUUGCCCCAGGCAUUGGGUGGUCGGCAGGAUUCGAACGGUGUGGAUGCCCACACGGAAGCUCAGUUCGUCGAUGCCCUGUCGUCAUAUCGUGGAAAGGGCCUGCAGGUGGUCAAUGCACGGCUGGACAAAAAUGACAUGCCAAGCUUUUUCAUCGAGAUGAGUGACAUGCUAAAGCACUGA